AUGGCUUUCGGAAUUCUGGAGCCAGUGUCAAGCACAGUUCCAUCUGGAACGAAUCUUCUAGAGAAUUUGCGCAAUGCAUCAGACCCUGAGGGAGUCGACACGCGACUCAUCCUUAUCCCAAAGCCCUCCGAGUCGCCAUUAGAUCCAUUGAACUGGCCUCGAUAUAAAAAAGAACUCCUCUUCGCGACUAUUGUCUUCGGGGCAUGUGCAGCAGGGUCACUCGGGCCAGUUCUUGUGCCUGGUUUCACUACAGUCGCCAUGUUACUCGAUUAUACGGAAAGCGAAUUGGUGUACCUUAUAACGACGGUUAUCAUUGUGGCUGGAUGUUGCUGGGCUGGCGCAGCAAAUUCCUACAAUUCCCUGUUGGCGGCACGCGCAAUACAAGGACUUGGAAUGGGCGGCUUUUUUGCAAUGGCGGGUACCGCUUCGAUUACUGAUAUAUUCUUUGUGCACCAGCGUGGGAGACGUAUUGGACUUUGGAAUUUCAGCGUCAUGAUCUCAAACAAUCUCACACCAAUUGUGAGUGGAUAUUUAAUCUCUAGUGUGUCCUGGCACUGGAGCUUUUGGCUUCUGGCAAUUCUUUGGGUUGUGAUUCUGGCAGCAACCUUCGUCUGCUUCCCCGAGACGACUUUCUACCGCAACGCAAGCUUAGAUAACUCCGUUGAAGUCGAUACCUCCGGAGAUAACUCGGCUUCCCCAAAAGAGAAAUCUGAUCAACUGGCGCCGACAAUAAGUUCGCCAAAUAAUGAGAUCAGAAGCUCAGACGUUGAGAGUCAUUCUCAAGUAUCGAGUUGGAAAUAUCAUUUUGGGCUUGGCGCUGUAAAGUUUCGCAACCAAAGCCGCGUCUUCAAACUCUGUGUAGAUCCGAUUAUCCUCUUAGCACACCCUGCAAUUCUUUGGGGAUGUCUGAUGUGGUCAGUAAUUUUUACAUGGAUCAUUCUAAUCGGUGCUGUGGUCUCUCAAAUCUUCGGAGCAGAACCAUAUAACAUGAGCACAACUGCAGUCGGAAACCUUGCAGGAAUCGCACCUUUGAUUGGAUCCACAAUAGGAACACUCACAGCGGGGUGGGCUUGCGACAAGGUAGUCGGGUAUCUGGCACUACGCAAUCGUGGCAUGUACGAGCCAGAGUUUCGUCUUCUUAUCAUUAUACCGGCAUUUAUCACAAUGGCUAUUGGUGGAUUUGGCCUUGCAGCUGCCAUUGAUAAAGGCCUCUCACCAAUUACGUGCGGUGUGUUUAUGGCGAUUUUGAAUUUUGCGGUUGGUGCUGGGUGCACCGGCGUUGUUGCUUACACCAACGAUGUAUGCGGUCGGCGAUCUGGUGAAGCCUUUGGUCUUGCUAUGAUUAUUAAAAGCGCCUUUGCUUUCGGUCUCACGUUCGUAUUCAAUGAUUAUUAUACUGCAGCCGGCCCUCUUGUAUUUUUCUCAACUUUCACGGCGUUGACUUUAGGUAUCAUGCUGAUGACAGUCCCAAUGUAUAUAUUCGGAAAAAGAAUACGAUCAUGGGCGGAUACCACAACUGCGUUAACUUUCUCUGGACCUAAAUGA